ACUGGGGAGCUGGGUGCAGGUAGCAAAUAGAGUCAAUGCUGGGGUGCUGCUGCUACAUCACGGAACUGGAGCUUCCUGGAGUGCUACGCUUUCACCUGACUCCCACUCUGUCCAGGGCACUGGAGGCUUACUCAGGCCUUCUCUCAGCUCUUUGGCCUGCUGCCGUGGCCUUGGUGGCAUCCUUCUCUGGUGGUCAGCUCAGGUCUUCCCCCGCCCAUGCAGUCCCCAGCUGUCACUGCUGAGGGCCUCAACAGCCCCCUCUUUGGGCCCUACACAUUCCCCAUCUUCAAGUUUCAGCCCCGCCACCAUGAGAGCAUGGACUGGAGGCGCAUUAGUGCCCUGGACGUGGACCGUGUGGUCCGGGAGCUGGACGUGGCCACUCUGCAGGAGAAUAUCACUGGUGUUACCUUCUGUAACUUGGACCGAGAGGUGUGCAGUCGCUGUGGGCAGCCCGUGGACCCGGCACUGCUCAAGGUGCUGCGCCUGGCACAGCUCAUCAUCGAGUAUCUGCUGCACUGCCAGGAGUGCCUGAGCGCCAGCGUUGCCCAGCUGGAGGCGCGGCUGCAGGCCAGCCUGGGCCAGCAGCAGCGUGGGCAGCAGGAGCUGGGACGCCAGGCCGAUGAGCUCAAGGGUGUGCGGGAGGAGAGCCGCCGGCGUCGCAAGAUGAUUAGCACCCUGCAGCAGCUGCUGAUGCAAACAGGUGCCCACAGCUACCACAUGUGCCACUUGUGUGACAAGACGUUCAUGAAUGCCACCUUUCUUCGGGGCCACAUCCAGCGCAGGCAUGCAGGCGUGGCAGAAGGUGGAAAACAGAAGAAGCAGGAUCAGCCAGUGGAAGAGGUGUUAGAAGAGCUACGGGCCAAGCUAAAGUGGACCCAGGGGCAGCUGGAAGCCCAGAGGGAGGCUGAGAGGCAGCGGCAGCUCCAGGAAGCAGAGAUUACUCAUCAGAGGAAGGUAGAAGCUAAGAAAGAAUUUGAUGAAUGGAAAGAAAAAGAGCAGAGCAAGCUUUACGGGGAAAUAGAAAAGCUAAAAAAGUUAUUUUGGGAUGAAUUUAAAAGUGUUGCCAACCAGAACUCUACGCUAGAAGAGAAACUGCGGGCACUGCAGCCCCACACUGUGAUGGAGUCCAACCUCGGGUCUCUGCGGGAUGAGGAGCCGGAGGAGCGACUCCGGCAGUCACAGGAGCUCCAGGCCCUGAGAGAGAAGAUGGAAAGCCAGAAAACAGAGUGGAAGAGAAAAAUGAAGGAACUGCAUGAAGAGCAUGUGGCUGAGAGGAGAGAGCUGCAGGAGGAGAACGAGAGGCUCCAGGCCUCUCUGUCUCAGGAUCAGAGGAAGGCAGCUGCCCAGGCCCAGCGUCAAAUCCGUGCCCUCCGCACCCGGCUGCAGGAACAAGCCAGGCUCAUCGCCUCCCAGGAGGAGACGAUCCAGACCUUGUCCUUCAGGAAGGUGGAGGGGGUCUACGAAGCACCAAAGGCUGCAGACACAGAGGAGGAUUCUCCUGAAGAGCUGGAGGACUCCCGAGACGAGCAGCAGGAGGUGCUGGCAGCCCUGAGGAGUGACCCAACCUUGCUGAAGCAAUUCAAGCCCAUCCUGGAGGACACCCUGGAAGAGAAGCUGCAAAGCCUGGGGAUAAAGAAGGGUGCAAAGGGAAUCUCGGUUCAGACUCUCAGACACCUGGAGUCCCUGCUGAGAGCCCAGCGGGAGCAGAAGGCCCGAAGUUUUUCCGAAUUUCUGAGUCUGAGGGAAAAACUCAUCCAGGAAACUACCAGCAGAUUGAAGGAGAAACAGAAUAGGGCUGCAGUGUCCCAGCGAGACGGCCAGUCUUCAGUCAAAAGCCUGUGGAGCACACUGGUCACCAGAGAGGCUCAGCCAAAGAGCAGGACCCUGCAGGUGGCAUUGCCAUCCAAGUCAGCAGAGCCACCCAUACCAACUCUUCAGAGCCGUGGUAGCAGUGGCACCCGUGGCCCUGGCCUGACCCAGGUGUCCACCCCAACCCCACGCCCCAGAGUGCGUGGACCCUCCAACACUUCUGCUUCUCCAGGGCCUGGGAGGAGCAGCACAUCCCCAUUCAGCUCUGAGGACUCCGAGGGAGGCUCCGUGCAGCACAUGGCUCGUCAGCCCCCACAAGUUCCUUCCAGGGUGGUGGCCCCGCUGGAGGAUGACUGGGCCUGGUCUGACACGGAGACCUCGGAGAACGCCCCGCCCCCUGACCAGGGCUCAGGCGGGUUGGCUUCUUCCAGAACGCUUGUGCGGUCGAUGGUCAAAAACUUGGAGAAGCAGCUUGAAGCCCCGGCAAAGAAGCCUGCUGGAGGGGUCAGUCUGUUUUUAAUGCCCAAUGCUGGGCCACAAAAGGCUGCCACGCUAGGAAAGAAGCCUCAGCUUUCUGAAGAUGAGAGUGACCUUGAAAUCUCUUCCUUAGAAGAUCUUUCCCAGGACCUGGACUAAAGAGAGAAACCCAAGCCCUUGUCUCGCUCGAAGCUCCCAGAGAAGUUUGGCACUGAUCCUUGGAGUUCUGGCUGACCCAGGGUUCCCGGCUGGUAAUCCCAGCUCAGAGCCUGGCUGGCCAGAGGGUCAGCCUUGUCACCUGGCUGGGGCCAGCUCAGGUCCCAACAGAAGAGGCUUCAUGGUCUCUUGUCUUCACCAGCAACCAAGGUUUCUCCUUGGAGAGAAGCAGGGCAAGGAGUAGAUAUGAUCUCUCCCCUCCCUACUACGAGGGGCCCUAUAGAGGGCCCUCCAUGCCUGGCCAGGUGCCCUUGGAUCCCAUGACUUGAGAGGGGUUAUGACAUGAUCCCUGAGUAGUUUCCUUCCUUCACCUCCAUGUCCACUCCAGAGAGAGUUCCUCAGACUCUCUUCCCCAGCAUUUUCUAAACCUGCAAGAACACUAUGGAGAUGGGUUGUAUGUGGGGCUUUUGCGGUCAAUCAGUCAAUCAUUCAGUGGUUGAUCCAAAGUCAAUGCUGAAUGCCUACUCUGUGCUGGGUCCCUCAGCUUCUCACUACUGAGUUGGGGCGCAGGCAGAGGUGCAUGGGGCUGAACGUCUACAGCUAGUGCCAAUCCAGGGUAGUAAUCUAGACGCAGAGGUUAGGAUGUUACAGGAACAGACAUGAAGAAACCCAACCCAUCCUGGGGUGAUCCUGGAGAGUUUCCAAGAGUUGUGAUAUCUGGCAGGUCUGUUCAUGAGUGGAAAGGAAGGAGGACCACUUGUCUGAGACCUCAUAUUCCCAAAGGACCGCACAUUUAAUUUUUGAUACUAUUUCCAAAAUCAGGUUACAUACAUGGCCAUUGUUUUUUUUUUUUUUAGUACAAAGAAAAUUGAUUUAUUAUAUGCAGAUGUUUAAAUAUAGCAUGAUG